AGAGAGAGAGAGAAAGAGAGAGAGAGAGAGAGAGAGAGAGAUCCUUCCCAAAGAUACCCAAAAUAUUUUUUUUAGCAUAAAAAUUUUCAUAUCUGAUGUUUUAUGUGACGUGGCAAAUUAAGUCAUGCACAUACUGUAUAUUAUUGUGGCAGCAGUGAGGUAAGUCCACAACACACAGCACAUACAUUUGCAUAGAGAUAUUGGACAUUCACUCUUCAGGUAACUCAUUUUUGAUUCAGUUUCUUGCUGUUAACGUUAAAAAGAGUAUUAAGUUCAAAAAGACUGAGCUGUUUGUUUUACUGAGCAGAAGUUGAGCAGAACAAUUUAAAUAAAUUUGCUAAUGGAAAAUAUGACACAUAAUUUGAUUUUGCAUAUGAAUGUAGUCUAUAACAGGAAAUAUUACUGAAUUUAUGAAACCAUUUAAUUAUGAUGUGUUCUGGCUAUGUGAUUGCAAAAAGGAAAUUUUGUAGAAUUACCAACUGGACUGUAUAAACUGAAUAUAAAAAUGAAUUACUUCAAAUUAUUAAUGUUGGGUUGAUUGACUUAAGACCAUUGCACACUGAGUCCGAAAGUCCGAGUUCCGUUUUUUUUUUUUUUCGUAUUCCUCAUCCUUUCCUAUCAAAAUGCAUGCUACGGAUGCAAACCUGAUCCAAGUGUUGUUGUUUUUUUUAUGACGGACGAAAGUUUCAGAGGCAGUGUGCAAACGUGAUUGACACAAUGUGAGGUCAUAUUUGUUUUUUAACGUACGAAAAUUUCGAAUAAAAAUUUUGGACUCAUGAAAUGACAUUUAGUCUGAAUUACCUCAUUUACACUUCUGUAAAUCACAGCUGCGGUAUGUUUGUGAACUAUUGAGUUCAGAAGACAAACACAAAGGACAACACUUGGACAAAGGAGAUGAAUGACUCUACAGUGAACUUCACCACACCUGAAACAUCAAACUCCACAAUCCAGUCCAUUGGACUACUGGAAACUCUGGAAAUAUGUGUGUACAGCAUCAAUUUCAUGGUUGGUUUUCCUACACACUGCUUUGUUAUAUGGCUCAUCAUCACAGGAACAGGAAGUGGAAUUUCAUCAGAAUUUUUCAUCCUCAGUCUCUCUGUUUGUGACAUUGGUAACUGUCUGAAUGGUAUGUUUUUUGUUGUGUCAAUUUACUUGCCAGGUAUCACUGUAUUACCACUGUUUUUAGUAGGACUAGUCAUCACUGGUCGUCCUCUGCUUCAGUGUCUGAUCUGUGUUGAGCGUUACCUGGCAGUGGUUCAUCCUGUAACCUUUCUGAAGUACAAACCUCUCAGAUAUAGAGUGAUCUGCUGCACUGCUGCAUGGUCAGUCACUCUUGGCUCCUGCUUUUUGUGCUUAUAUAUGAGUCAAAUACAAACACAGUUCUUAUCUGUGCAAUUCUUGCUGGCUCUCUCCAUCCAGUUGUUUUGUCUUGUAAAUGUUCUCAGAGCUCUGAAGCAGUCAGGACCAGGAGAGAGAGGGAGAAAGAGAGGGGAGGAAAACCACAUGAAGAGAAGAGCGUUUCUAAUUAUUCUAAUAAAUACUGUGACUACAACUAUCAUAUAUGUCCCGUUUGCUAUUGCGGGAUUAGUUACCAUUCUAACAAACCAACGUAUUUAUGCAAUUUGGAUCACUGGUUUUAUUUGUUAUGUUCUAGCCAGUUUUGUUCAGCCUGUUCUUUAUCUGCAUCGUGCUGGGAAACUCUCCUGCGUUUGAGCCUUUUAAAUGGUGAUAUUUUAAGAAAUAUUGUAUUGUAGGAUUUUUUUUUUACCACUGGCAUAGAAAAGUGUAUUGAUGCAUAUGGGUCUCUGGUUUGGUUUGUUACGUGAUGGCUGGUGUUGUUAAGUCUAUUCUUUAUCUGCACCGGGCUGGACAACUCUCCUGUCUAUAACACUUGCUGUUGUAAUAUUACGAAUGAAUGAAUGGGAAAAUAAAUCACUUCUGUGUC